UGCUUUGACGCCCGGGCAGCUACUGUACAGGAGUGCGCUGUCUCUCACCAUCUCGGAGGAAUUAGCACCGGGGGGCUGUGGCAGGAGGUUUCCUUCGGGGUGCCGAGGCGCGUCCCACGGACUGGAUUGGGGAUGGCGCUGUGUACAGUGUGAGGGAGAGCGAGCAGCCAAAGUUUGCAGAGCGCAGGCAGGAAAGUUCGCUGCAGAGGCGACCCGGGCUCCUCUGACAUAUCACCCAUGGAUUUCCAGUGCAAACAUGCCGACUACACGCUUCAGAUAACGCGGAUUUACGCGCUGUUUUGCGGGUGUUUUCAGAGACUUUCUGCCCGUCCCGUACAGUUGGUUGCCGUCGCUGCACGCUGCUGUUUCAAUGGACCGUUCGUCUCUCUUAUCAUCCAGUGAGUAACUUUGAUCGCAUGGUUUCCUGACCUGUGGAUGAGCGUGAGCAUGGCUUCAGUGACGCUGUGCCAUGUAGCCUAGUCGUGGAUGUUUAAAAACAAUGAACUCCCCCCGUGACCAGGACCUGGCACCCUUAUCUCGGAAACACCGUCUCAUGGCUGCAGCUAUGCCCGGUGAGGACGACCCAUUGCCCGGCAACAUUUCCAGGAGUGAUCGGAACGGAUUUGGGGGACUUGUUUAUUGUUUUAUAUGUGGAAGCGGAGUCACGCCGGGGAAGGAGUUGGGGCUGCAAGUGGCAUAUCAGAAAGAGAGGCUUCCCUUUUUCCCGUUUCUGCAAAACCAGGAGGCAGCGCCGGGUGCGUGUGAAGUGAGCCCGGAUGGUCAUGCGCUGGUGUGCGCCGUGUGCCACUGUUUCCUGACGGAGCAGUGGAACUCCUUCGAGCGGAGCAGGACGCCCCUCGAGAAGCGCAUGUACUGGCUGAAGCGACCCUACCAGUGCGACUCCCGGCGGGUCCCGCAGGAGUGGAACCUCUCCUACGACCUGGAGAGGAGGAUCGGACAGGGCUACGACGGGGGCGCAGACUCGGAUUUCUCGGAUUUUUCUGAAAACGAGAACAUGUCAGACCAGGAGAUGGACGCGGUGGACCGAGCCAGCGUGGGCAAGUGCCCGAAAGCAUCUGGCAAAUCGCCGAGAGACAGUGGCAGGAAAAACAAUGUCAUCAGUGUUAAAAACAGCCCGGACUCGCAGCGGGCGAUCCGCUACCCGGUGGGUGUGUGCGGGGCGCAGAGGUCGCCCAAAGCGGAAAGUGUUGUCCCGGCGAGGCGCGGCGCUAAAAUGAUGAAUAAUGUCUGUCAAGCAUCAGAAUCUGUGGCAAAGCCUCAGGAGAGAUUCCCUCUGCGGUGCUACGAGGGCCCCCUGUCCGACCCACCUGUGCAGGACAACGGGGUCAUUAUGCGCAACAGGCGGUGGCUGGAGGAGCCGCGUCAGAUCCAGCGUGGUGCCGACAGCAGCUGCGCUCCGUCCAGACAUCUGCUGUACCGGGGAACCGGCGAGCAUCACACCACCGCUACUGUCACCACGAAGGCUGCUCCCGGGGAGAACCACUCUGACAACUCCGAGGAAGACGAGAUUAACAUAACGAGCGAUGAUGACAGGGACAUGUAUGGCAGCAGAGCAGGCCCAUCGAUUCAGCUGAGACCUGCCAGAGACCUUUCAGCGAGGAAGAGUGCCCAGGAGCAAGCAGCUAAGGAGUCCAGGCCAGAGGAGUGUGUGUGUUACGUCUGUGGCACUGGGCUCAAACACGAUGACUGCUUUAAAGUCAGUGUUCAGAAGCAGGAGAGAGCACAGGGCGAGCCCUUCUUUCCCUUCCUGUGGCUGCACUCCCCUCCACGUGGUGCGGUGCCCAUCAGUUUGGCAGGUACCACCCUGGUUUGUGGAAGCUGCCACACCUCCCUCAUGCAGCAGUGGCAGAGCUUCCAGCUUGCAGAUGUGCCUGUGCUCCAGCGCCUCUAUGUAGUCCCCCUCAACCAGACCACCAGUGCUGUCCGUCCCCCCCAGCUAACUCCCCAGGAGGGAAAGCCCCAAGAGCCCAUGCAGUGCAUACCUAAACCCAAGGCUUCCCAUGAGGCCUGUUACCUCUGUGGUCAGGAGUGUGGGGGAGACAUGAGAGUGGCAUAUGCACAGGCUGGUGUGGGCAAAUCCCGCGGUGUGAUGUAUUUUCCCUUCAUCAAUAUGUUGCCUUGCCCGCCUAACGCCCAGGGGCUGAGUCACGGCCGGGUGCACUGCUGCCCCCAGUGCCAUUUAAUCCUGGAGGAGAUCUGGGGCGCAUAUCGACUCAGCCUCAGUGAAGAGCUGAUCACUUCUGUCAGCUCCUUCCUGGUCAGGUACCACACUGCCAUGGCCAUUGAGGGGUGUGAACCGGCCCAUUCCCAGAGAGGGUUGGCUUCUCGCCCCGGCAGCUCCAUGUCUGUGUGUUACCUGUGUGGAGCUGAGUUGUUUGCAGGUGGAGAGUACCAGCUUCAUGUCAACCCACCUGGGCGUUGCGGGGAGAGGGAGCCUUUCUUCCCCUUUCUCACCGUCCACCCUCCGGCUCCCCGUGCAAAACCAGCUGACGCUACAGGCCUUGUGUCGGCUUGUAAUCUCUGCUAUCAUGACCUGUGUGCCCAGUGGGCCCUGCAUGAGAACCGGGGCCAGGGACCCGCCACCCCUUCUACCUCUAGCUUACCCAGUGGCAACCCCCCGCUGCCCAGCUCCCCUUGGGCCCGACAGUACAACUGUGAGGCGUUUGUUUGUUUCUUCUGCAGGCAGGAGCAGCGCAGGCAAGGUAGGCUAUGUGCCGUUACUAUGGCCAGGCUACCUGUGUUCCUGUAUGCCCCUCGCAGCACACGCACACUCCUGGUGGAUGAUGGGAAGAGGCUGGUGAUUGGCGCAUGUGUGGAAUGUAAGGCCAUGGUGCAGGCGGGACAGAGGAUGCAGCAGGACAGGGAUAGACAUGGACAUGGAUCAUCAGACGAGGAGAGGAGGGAACCGGAAUCGGCCUCGCCACGAUCUAGACACAAGGCUAGUGCUCUGACUGAGGGUACGGCUGGAACCAGUAAGGAGGUGGACUCAGGUCCGGGCCCCUCGCAGCCUGCAGGCGACCACACUCCCUCUCGCCCGGUGACCUCGGAGCAGGAGAAACCUGACCACGCCGACCGCCCACAUCCCAGCAUGAGCCAUGAGCCAAAGUCACCAUCAUUAGGAAUGAUCUCCACGGCAACCCGUACCACGGCGACGGUCAGCCCCCUCACCCCGUCACCUCUCAACGGUUCUAUUGUAGCCAAUGGAAGCCCGGCUACACAGUCUUCUCACUCCGGAUUCGCUGCAGCCCUCCGUAAACUGGCAAAACAGGCUGAAGAACCUCGAGCUGCGUCCUCCAUCAGCAGUGAGUCCUCUCCAGUGUCCUCCCCGGCCACCAACCACAGCUCUCCAGUCAGCACACCCAAGAGGGGCCCCCUCGGUCCAGGGCCUGUCCUGGGUCCCCCGACGUGCCACAGCGUGCCAAACACUCCACCUGUAGUCACCAUUGCUCCAACAAAGACCAGCAACGGCCUCUGGAGGAACGAGGGACGCCAGACGGACUCAGGGCCUCGUGGGGCCAACAGGGAACGUUUGGGUGCCGAGGGGACCCUACCCCAGGAGAAGGGUGGCCCCUCUAUCCCUGCCCACCUCCUGGGAAACCCCUAUGCCUUCGGUCUCACCCCCGGUGCUGUCAUGCAGGAUUCACGUUUCCAGCCCCUCAAUCUGCCCAGACAGUUGUCUAACGCAGGGCCCCCUGGUCCUAUACCAGAAGAGUAUCUCCGUGGUUUCCGGCCCUACGCCACGGCCGAGGAUGCCCUCCGCAUGCCGUCGUUGCCCCUUGGCCUGGACCCCGCCACUGCAGCCGCCGCAGCUGCCUACUAUCACCCCAGCUACCUGCCCCACCCCUCCUUCACACCAUACAGGAUGGAUGACCCAUUCUGCCUUUCUGCUUUGAGGUCACCUUUCUAUCAGCUGCCAGCAGGGGGAGCUUUGCCCCCCAUGCAUCCCUCUGUUCACAUGCACCUGCAAGGGGUCCGCUACCCUGGAGAUUUCACACACCCUUCAAUGUCAGCACUGCAGUCUGAGAGGCUUCAGCUGGAGGAUGAGCUGCGGCAUAGAGAGAGGGACCGCGAACGGGAGCGCGAAAAGGAAAGAGAGCGUGAGGCGGAGAGAGAGAAGGAGCGGGAGAGAGAACGAGAGAGAGAGCGGGAGAAGGAGCUGGAGAGGGAGAGGGAGAGAGAGCGGGAGCGAGAAAGGGAUCGUGAGAGGGAACGGGAGAAGGAGAGAGAAAGGGAGAAGGAGCUGGAGAGGCAGAAGGAGAGAGCGCUGAGGGAGAAGGAGCUGCUGGCAUCCAAGGCCAUGGAGAGCCACUAUCUGGCUGAGCUCCACGCCAUCAGGGGGCAGGAAGACCGAACCAAGCCUGAGAGACUCACCCCUAAUCGGGCUGAUAAAACCAAAGAGCCCGCCCUCCCCGCUCCCAAACCCGUCCCGCCAGGACUCCACUCUUCAAUGGUUCAAUCGCAUCAUCCCGUCCCCGGUUUAAUCUCAGGCCACGGACUCUUCAUGGGACCCGGCGCUGUCGGGACGGGGCUCUCGGCCGCGCUGCUCGCUCAGAGGAACAACGAGGAGGAGAGGUGGUUGGCGCGGCAACGUAAGCUGCGGCAGGAGAAGGAGGAUCGUCAGUACCAGGUGUCUGAGUUUCGUCAGCAGGUUCUGGAGCAGCACUUGGACUUGGGCCGGCCGGCUGACGCAGCAGAUCACAGGACAGACGCACACAGAUCCAUAACAAAUCACCAUGAACCAGGAAGCCGGGACCUGCACGCUCACUUAGGUGCCCCUCCUCCCCUCAUCUCCCCCAAACCUCCACAACCACCACGCGAACACCACCCUCCACCUCCCACCACCCUGUGGAACCCCGCAUCUCUCAUAGAAACGACCUCAGAUUCCAGACGUAACCACGAGCCCUCAGGGAUGGGACACUACGAGCUCAGUCGGCUACCCCCGGGGCCCUCCAAAUUUGAGGACGUAGCCCGUAGGAGAGACGGGGGAGCAAUGGAGAAGUACACCCAAAUGAGAGGUCCUCCGGGCCUGACGGAGCCCAGCACAUUCCUUGCUGAUCUGGAGAAAUCCACGCAGUCUUUCUUCAGCCAGCAGAGGUCAUCGCUGUCGCUGUCCAGCCAGUACGAACUGGAGGGAGCUGUGAAAGGCAACGCUGGACAAAAGAGCUUCCAGGGACACCCAGGGCUCAGUAGACACGGACAAGGGCUAGGACUAAUCGCUGGGUCAGGGAUGGGACAGGUAGCUACACUGGGAAUGGGCCCAGACACAAUGCUGAUCUACGAUGAGUACCUUCAGCAGCACCGAAGGCCAAUCAGCAAGCUGGACCUGGAGGAGAAGAGGAGAAGGGAGGCGAGAGAGAAAGGUUAUUACUAUGAGCUGGAUGACUCGUAUGAUGAGAGUGAUGAAGAGGAGGUGAAAGCCCAUCUCAGGAGAGUGGCAGAGCAGCCCCCACUCAAACUGGAUGACUCCAGCGAGAAAGUGGACUUUCUGGGAGUGUUUGGCCUGACCACAGCGGGCCGGCGGGACGAGCUGGUGCAGCAGAAGAGACGGAAGAGGAGGAGGAUGCUCAGGGAGCGCAGCCCCUCUCCACCUGCAUCGCAAUCGAAACGCACUCCUCCUCCCCCCCAACUCAGCACGCGCUUCACCCCGGAGGAGAUGGACCAAGCGCCGGAGCUGGAGGAUAAGAAGCGGUUCCUCACCAUGUUCAAACUGUCCCAUGUCACUGUGCAGCAGAGAAAAGAUAAUGAAAAUGUGGUGGAGCUGCUUCAGUCCAUUAAAGAAAAGAGUGUACCCCUUGAUACCAUCAUACAUGCCACUCAUCCACUGUGUAAGAGCCCCUCAGCUCAGAUCACAGAUUCUGCCUGUGCCCAGCCUCCCUCUGAAUCAGAGGACCACAACAACGUCAGACCACACAGCCCCUCCUCGCAUUGCCCAGCGUCCCCCAGUGGCCACCCGAAACCCCUCGGGGACACAUUAAGACCAAAGGAACCCCCUUCUCCAGCUGUCUACCCAGACAAGGCCCGGGGGCCCAGCGAAGCACCGAUCUCUAAGAGGAGCUCCAGUCUGCUCAACAGCUUGCGGCCCGCGCUCCCCCACCAGGCGAAAGAGGGCCAUCACAGCAUCAACGGACGCACCAAACCCUGGGACAGCUUCACCCCGGAAGAAUUUGCUCAGCAAUUCCAUGAUUCUGUGCUUCAGUCCACUCAGAAGGCGCUGCAGAAACACAAAGGUGGAGCCCCAGGGAUGUCGGAGUCGUCCCACCUCCAGGAGUCGUCAGUUCACUACAACAUUCCAGAGCUGCAGAGCGCCCCUGGCCGACCGCCGCCGCCGCCACCGCCACACUCACAGGCUCACUCCAAUGCACAUCCAUUUCCACAUCCGCUCUCGCACUCUCACCUUCAACCCAAUGGGCAGCACUUCUCAGUGCCGCUGCAGCGGGAGGCGCCGGGGGCGAGAGAAGGCCCCUCUGGUCCAGAGGACUCUGAGGAAGAGGAGGAUGAGGAGGAAGAGGAGCCUCCUGCCUCCAAGUGGCGGGGAAUUGAAUCUAUAUUUGAAGCUUAUCAGGAAUAUGUAGAAGAGCAAAGUCUGGAGCGGCAAGUGUUGCAGAGCCAGUGUCGAAGACUAGAAGCUCACAACUACAACCUCAGUCUGACUGCUGAGCAGCUGUCUCAUAGCAUGGGGGAGCUGAUGUCCCAGAGACAGAAGUUGGCAUUGGAGCGGGAGAAGUUACAAACAGAGCUGGAGCACUUCAGGAAGUGUUUAACGCUGCCACAGACACACUGGCCAAGAGGCGGCCAUUACAAAGGCUACCCUCCCAGGUGACCCCGACACGCCGACCUGAUGGCUCCCGGGCCGCGGCCACCUCCCUUUUCAGACUUGACACCCAGAGUUUAUUUUUCAUAGCCUGGUCCGCGUGGCUCUGCAGAGGAGAGCGUGGCAGGCUAGAUAAGAUGAAUGAAUGAAUGGACAGAGUGAAUGGAUUGAUGAAUGCACAGGAGACGGGAACGUUCAGUGAAGGGCAGGCAGUCUUUGGAUUGUGGCCAGCCAGGGCCUGCGCCACAAGCCACCAACCGUGUGCCAAUGUAGCCAACCCCCUGAGAUCAGCGUGAGUUCCGGGGCAGGAGUACCUGAAGCUCAACACAAACACACACAUGCACCUGCUUCUCACACACUCUUCGGUCCCUGCGGCUCUAUUGUUCAGUCCAUGCCUCCCUCACUGCCACAUCUACAGACAAUCCUGCCAAUGAGGGAGCAGCUGCCCAAGGAGGGGUGUCGUCAACAGACUCCAAAAAUCUCCAAACGAAGGCUCCUGGCCAGUCGGGACGGAUUUUCAUCACAGCGGCCACAUGAGUUUUUGAACUGGAAAUGCACUUACGAAUAAAACGCUGAAGAACUACCUGGUGGUACUGUGUUACAACAAAGAACUGCUCAACAUUAGGGAAGAACUUAGAAAAAUGCACAUUUUUUUGGAAAGAAUUAAGGAAAUGUUUUAUUUCGAAAUAGAAAAUUUGAGAAUUAAGAAUUUUAAAAGGUGCUUCAGCCUUGUAUUGUAUAUAAUAUGAAGACUUAAAAAGAAUUUUGUAUGUUUUUAUUACUUUAAUCAUUGUUCUUUUAAAAGAAAGCCUGCCAUUUUUAUAUGUUUAUGCUUUUUUGGGUUGGAAAAAGAAAAGCCUUGCUUUUAGUGUUUGUACUGCUGCUGGCCAGAACAGCUCAUUCUGAGACAUUUAGCAGAGUGAGAGCAAACAGGAUACACGCCUCCUCUUCUCGUUACUCUCUCCUGGCUCUACGCAGCCCAGACCCAGCCACAGCCGGACCCCCGAGCUCAGAGAAGCUCAGUCAGAGGUCCUGAGACUUGGCUCCUGCCCUGUUACACCCCUCCCCCCCUCCCACCUCCUUCACAGCAACAUGUCUCUGUUUUAAUCACCGUUUCAACAGCUCCUCCUGUCGGCUUCACUGCUGCUGACAUUAUCUCCACAUACACAACUCGAGAUCCAGUGACACCUUAAGCUUUUCACUCACUCGUUUAGUUUCUAAAGACAUGAAGAGUCUCUUUAAGCAGCCGCCUGAUGAAAACUGGUUCUUGAUGCUUUCUCUUAAUGUCCGACCUUCAUUUCGACGUAAUGUAGCAUUGGACUGAAACAUGAGGGUUUGCAUAAUGUUCCGCCUUUUAAGAUCAAGCCCUUAACGUCAUGACAGGAUAUAGUGCCAAAAUAAAAAUAAAAAAAUUAAAUCGUAGCAUCUCGGAUUUUUGAUUUAAAACGGAGUUGAAAUUAGGUAGCCAAACAUUCAAACCAGAACGGCCAUCUUCCACUUCAUCACACGCCUCCUUCCCGCAUAUCCCCCAUUUUUUAGGACCCUCGCUACCCAAAGUUGCCAACAAGUUACAAAUAAACUGGAAAUCACAAAGUCAAUUCAAACUGGGUUUUUCCUAGUACACAUAUAAACAGAAAGGUUUGAUUUACCUGGUCUCUGUACCUGUUUACAACCCGUCUGCCCUCCUCCUGACUCUGCUCGUUUCACACUGACACCCUGUCCGAUAACUCGUGUCCCCUCACCUCAUGGUCCUAUGUGGGAUCGUAAACCCAAGAGCUCAUCUACUCCGGGUAUAGAUUAUAAAUUUUUGGUGGUGGGAUAAGAGAUUUCAUCUUUUUAAAGUAAAAAAGAAUUUGAAAAUGUGCAUAAAGCUAACUUAUAAAAGACUAAAGCACAAUUAGUUACUACUUAAGACUUACCCCAUACUUAAAAUAUAGGAUUUACAAGUGCCUCAAGAAUUUGGGAGCAUGUGAAUGAGUCGCAGUCCUCAUGGACAUUUUACACAUAAAAUUAUAGAUUAGGGACAUUUCAUAUUGUCUUUGUCUCCUUUCAGAUAUGUGCAUGUCAACGGGUACAGAAUCCCUUUAUCCAAAAGCUUCUCCAAGAAUCAAUUUUAUCAUAACACAUUUUUUUAUGAAUGAGGCCUCAGAGGAACAGAGGGAUACGGUAUAAUCUGUCAUUUUUACAGAGCAGAAAAGAGCCGAGAGCGCAGCCCACCAGUUAAUGAAGGAGCACGCACACUGAGGGAAGCAGCCAAUCAGCUGGGGAGGACGGUGCUGUACAGCGAGCCCCGCUUACCCAGCAUCCCCUGUGUCUCCAACCCACGCACGCCCAUGCAAUAGCCCCCUUACUCAGUGGAGGAUGUCUAGAUGCUGUGAAAUCCUGUUUUUAAAAUGUACUUGUUUGAAUUCAUUGUAAUGUAAUAUAUUCUUUGUUGAAUGUAGUAAUUAGGUAUUUAUGAAUAUAUGGCUGUGAUUUCAGACAAAAAAGAAAAUAAAAUAUUUCAAAAAUGUUAAA